UCAAAUUCAGCAAUUAUCAUGUUGAAUAAAACAAAAACAAAAACAACAACAACAACAACAACAACGAUGACAAUGGAAACAUCAGCAACAUCGGCAACAAAAUCAAUAUUUAGCUACGGUAAAACAUGUACAGAGGAUACAAUAUUUGUUUGGUUACCAUUUCUAUUAUUAUUGAUUGGUAUUUUGAUUGAAUUUUUAUGGAUAAAUGGAUCAUCAUCAAAUAAUAAAUAUCGUUCAAUUAAUAAUCAACAGCAGCAGCAACAACAACAACAAAAACAAAUAAAAUCACCACUUUCAAUGACUAUAUUUUAUAUGUCAAAAAUGUUGGCUGCAAGUAUUUUAUAUGUAAUAAGUUUAGCACGUAUAAUCUAUUGGUAUCUAUAUGCUGAUCAUAAUCAAUUGGAAUUAAAAGAUCCAUGGUCAUCGGUUAUGGCCGAUUCUAUACGUGCUUUAGCAUGGUUUAUCAUCAUAUUAUUAUCAUUAUUCAAUCACCGUAAUCGAAUACUAUCAUCUGGUUCGAUAUUUAUAUUCACAAUACUUGAAUCAUUGGCAAAUAUUUACACCUUAGUAGGCAUUAUGAUUGAUUUAUUCUCAACGGAAUUAAUUGUAACUGAAUUAUGGAUGAUCAAUAAUGAUUCGUUGAUGAUUUCAUUCAAAUUGAUCUAUAUUGCAUCAUUAUUACAUUUUCUUCUGAUUGAAUGUCAUUCGGAUUUGGAUUCAAUGAAACAAAAAUCACCACUAUUAAUUGGAGCAAAAUUAUUGAAAUAUAAACUAACAAAUCCUGAAUGUUCGGCAUCAUUUUUAUCAAAAAUUACAUUUUCAUGGUUCGGCAUUCUAGUCAGACAAACAUGGCAACGAAAAUCAUUACAUCAAGAAGAUUUAUGGUUAUUAAGUUUUGAAAAUACAACUAGUUCAUUAUUGCAAACAUUUCGUCAAACAUUUGAUAAUUAUCGUGAACAUAAUGGUGAUAAAAGAAAAUUCAAUUUAAUGACAAUAUUGAUACGAUUAUAUAUCAAAGAAUUAAUUUGGAUUGCCGGAUUGAAAUUGAUUGCAAGCAUUUUUCUAUUCAUCAAUCCAAUCAUGUUGAAUAGAAUAAUAACAUUUUUAAAUCCAACAAACCAUGAACCAUAUUGGCGUGGUUUUUUCUAUGCAUCCAUAAUGUUCAUAUCACCAUUAUUAGAAUCAUUAUUUACAAAUCAACAUGAAUAUCAUUUAAAUAUGAUAACUAUGCGUAUGAAAACCUGUGUAACUGGUAUUGUUUAUCAUAAAAGUUUACGUCUAUCACAGACGGCUAAACAACAAUUUUCUACCGGUGAAAUUGUCAAUCUAAUUUCAGUGGACACAUUAAGAAUUGUUGAUUUGAUUAAUAAUAUCAAUACAUUAUGGUCAGCACCAUUACAAAUAUCCAUUGGUCUAUAUCUUGUUUGGCAACAAUUAAGUUAUGCAUCAUUAGCCGGUUUUAGUUAUAUGUUAUUAAUCAUACCGAUAAAUAUAAUGUUAACGAAUAAAAUUCGUUCAUUACAAUUACAUCUAAUGCAACGUAAAGAUGAACGUUCCAAAUUGAUGAAUGAAAUAUUGGAUGGUAUUAAAGUGAUCAAAUUGAAUGCAUGGGAACGAUAUUUUGAAAAGAAAAUCAAUCAUUUACGUUCAUUGGAAAUGAAACAAUUAAAAUGGAUUGCCUAUUGUAAUGCAUUUAUGACCACAUUUUUCAGUUCCAGUGCCAUUUUUGUUGCAUUAUUCAGUUUUAUUGCCUAUACAAUGAUUUCGAUGGAUAAUGUUUUGGAUGCAAAUCGUGCAUUUGUUUCAUUAUCAUUAUUCAAUAUAAUACGUGUACCAUUAACAUUUUUACCAAUGUUUUUCUCAUUCGCUGGCAUUGCAUUUGUAUCGAUUGAUCGUUUGAAUAAAUAUCUUAAUGCACCGGAAUUGAUUGAUUAUUGUGAAACAUUAUCAUUAUCACCAACAUCAACACCGGAACCAUCAUCAUCCGGUACAACAGUAACAACGGAAGAAAAUGAUUUUGCCAUACGUAUACAUGAUGGAAAUUUCAAUUGGAUUAAAGAUGAUCCAAUACCGACAAUAAAUAGUGUUAAUCUGACUGUACGAAGACAUAGUUUAAUUGCCAUUGUUGGCGGUGUCGGUUGUGGUAAAUCAUCAUUAUUAUCAGCCAUAUUAGGAGAAAUGGAAAAAUUAAGCGGUCAGGUGAAAAUUUCUGGCCGCAUUGCAUAUGUACCACAAGAAGCAUGGAUAUUGAAUGCAACGAUUCGUGAUAAUAUUUUAUUGAAUAAAAAAUAUGAUGAAAAAAAAUAUAAAAAAGUUCUUGAAUCAUGUGCAUUACAAUUGGAUAUGGCAAUGUUUGCUGCCGGCGAUAUGACUGAAGUUGGUGAAAAAGGUAUCAAUCUUUCUGGUGGCCAAAAACAACGUAUAUCGUUAGCAAGAGCCGUUUAUUCCAAUUCCGAUAUCUAUCUAUUGGAUAAUCCAUUGAGCGCAUUAGAUGCACAUGUUAGUCAACAUAUUUAUUCACAUGUAAUCGGACCAAAAGGUUGUCUACGAAAUAAGACAAGAAUUUUGGUUACAACCAAAUUAUCACUAUUACCCGAAAUGGAUCAAAUUGUUUAUAUGUCAAGAGGUGAAAUAAAAGAUUAUGGCCAAUUUGAACAAUUAAUCGAUACACGUGGUCCAUUCUCUGAAUAUGUGGCUGAAUAUUUUCUUGACCAACAAAAUGGUCUGGAAACCAAUCUAGAUCAACCGGAUACAGAAUUCAUUAAUCAAAUGGUUGUACCGAAAAUUCAACGUGUUAUUGAACGUGUACAAUUAUCACGUAGUAUUUCUUUGAAUCGUAAUAUAUCAAUGAAUGAACAACGUUAUCAUAGUACAAUUGCUAGCCAAUCGGUUACUAUUAAUCAAUCACAAUCGAUUGCUAGAUCACAACUGCAACAACAAUCGAUAAUUGAAUCGGAUGAAAUAUUUGCCGAAAACAUUCAAAUAACUCAAGGACGAUUAAUUCAAGCAGAAGAAAUGGCUGAAGGUUCAGUGAACAUGAUUAAUUAUAAAAUCUAUAUGCAAACAAUUGGUUGGUGUAUUUGUUUCACCGUUAUGAUUACAUUAUUAUUAUCGAAUAUAUUUCAAGUGAUGGGCAGUUUAUGGUUAACCGAUUGGUCAAAUGAUUCAUUGUUAUCACCAAAUGAAUUGACCAAAAAUUUACGUAUUCAACGUAUACUAGUAUUCACCGUACUAGGAAUAAUUGAAGUAUUUUUCACAUUUCUUGGUACACUUGAAGUCUGUUUAGGUUGUGUACGUGCAUCACGUAUUCUACAUAAUCAAAUGAUUACCCGAAUAAUACGUGCACCAAUGUCAUUUUUUGAUACAACACCAUUGGGUAGAAUAUUGAAUAGAUUUACACGUGAUAUUGAUGUUAUUGAUUUACGUAUAUCGAUAAAUGUACGUCUGUUUAUUAUGCAAAUUUAUCGUACAUUUGUUGCAUUUGGUCUGAUUGGUUUUGAAGCGCCAAUUAUUUUGGCUUUCAUGUUACCAUUAACGAUUGGUUAUUAUGUUUUACAAAAAUUAUUCAUACAAACAUCAAGACAAUUAAAACGUAUUGAAGCUGUCAGUAGAUCACCAAUGAAUAAUCAUCUUAGUGAAACAGUAAAUGGUGCAACAAGUAUACGUGCAUAUGGAUUGAUGAAAAAAUUUACACGUGGUAUGCUUAAACGUAUCGAUGAUAAUAAUCAAAGUUAUUGGCUUGGAUUUACAGCCUCAAGAUGGUUAGCAAUACGAUUAGAAUUUAUUAGCUAUUCAAUUGUAUUUUUGGCCACAUUGUUUGCUGUAUUAUCACGUGGAUCAUUAAGUCCAGGUGUUGCCGGUCUUGCCAUUAGUUAUUCAUUGAAUAUAACCGCUAUACUUAAUCUAUUGAUACGUGGUUAUUCUGAAUUGGAAACAAAUUUUGUUUCUGUUGAACGUAUUGUUGAAUAUCUGCAAACACCUAAAGAGAAACAAAUGAUUAGCAAUGAAUUGGCACGUAUACCAUUUGAUUGGCCAAAUAAAGGUGAAAUUUCAUUUGAAAAUUAUAGUACACAAUAUAGACCUGGUUUAAAACUUUGUUUGAAACGAAUCAAUCUAUUAAUACCUGGCGGUAGUAAAGUGGCUAUUGUUGGCCGAACCGGAUCAGGUAAAUCAUCAUUUUCAUUGGCAUUAUUUUGUAUAUUAGAACCAGUUGAAGGUACUAUUUAUAUUGAUAAUAUCGAUAUACGCAAGAUAACAUUGGAAACAUUGAGAAAAUCGUUAACAAUUGUUCCACAAGAUCCAGUAAUAUUUACGGCUACAUUACGUGAAAAUAUUGAUACAUUAUCACAAUUUAGUGAUGAACAAUGUAUCCAAUCAUUGAAAGAUGCUAAUAUGACAGAAUUUUUAGAAAAAUCAAAUAAUCUUGGCUAUAUAUUGACCAGUGGUGAUAAUCUAAGUGCUGGACAACGACAAUUAAUCUGUCUAGCACGUGCAUUACUCAAACAAAGUCCGGUGAUUGUAUUUGAUGAAGCGACUGCAUCUGUAGAUCAUGAAACCGAUAGCCAUAUACAUGAUACAAUAUUUUCACAAUCAUUUAAAACAAAAACGGUAUUCAUGAUUGCACAUCGUUUGGAUCGUAUCAUGGAUUAUGAUUACAUACUUGUCAUGGAUAAUGGUGAAAUAGCUGAAUUUGAUCAUCCAAAUCGAUUAGUAUUGGAUACGGAUGGACAAUUCUAUUCAUUGGCUAAAGAAGCAAAAAUUAUUUAGAAUUUUUUUUUUUUUAGUAGAAAUAAAAUUUUUUCAAUUU